CACGACGGUCAAAGCGAGUUCCGCGAAGUUCCUGAGAUCGCUGAAGCUCCAAAUGUGACAACAGAGAGCUUCCCAUACAUAUCGCUUCGUUACUCGAAAGUCUUUAAAAUAAAGGAGUUGGGAGACGCGACGUCGAUGGCAUUUAUGAAAUGGCGCUGCACUCUUUCGAGUAACACUGUAGGACAUGUAGAUGAUGUGUUGGAGUUUCCAACAGUACAUAUGUUGAAAAUUCAUGCUUUAAACCAUUUUCGGACAUAUCAUGAUGGCUUUUUUGAUACGAGUUUCUUGGACUAUGAAUGGGAACUUCUGAAGAAAGAACUUCCAAGUUCAGCCACUGCUUUUUUUUAUUCACCUCUUGCUUGCAGCUUUAACGGGGAGCCAUUUGAUACUACAAAUCCGAAUCACUUCAAUGCUCCAUUCAAGGCCGAUCUGCUUCCAAGAUUGUUCCAGGAAGUUCAGGUUUGUGGCUUCUGUUUCUGGUGUGGAUAUCCAUCGCAGUUUCUGAAUCAUAUUCUUUGUCAUGGCUAUAUUGAUACUGGGUUGGUUUUAUCAGCUCGAAUAUCCUUAUUAUAA